AUGGCCACCUCGAAAUUCAAUUCGAAAUCACCCACCAUGAGGCGCAUCAUGAAGGAAGCCGCCGAACUCAGCAACUCUCCCAGCCCCGACUACACGGCGACGCCCCUCGAGUCGGACCUCUUCGAGUGGCAUUUCACCCUGCGCGGCCCUCCCAACUCGGCCUUCGCCGCGGGCAUCUACCACGGCCGCAUCGUCCUGCCGCCCACCUACCCGCUCCGCCCGCCCUCCUUCCGCUUCACCACGCCCUCGGGCCGCUUCGAGGCCAACCGCGAGAUCUGCCUCAGCAUCUCCGGCCACCACGAGGAGACCUGGCAGCCCGCCUGGGGCGUCCGGACCGCCAUCGUCGCCCUCCGGUCCUUCAUGGAGACGGACGCCAGCGGCCAGAUUGGAGGCCUGAACACGAGCGAGUCGGUCAGGAGAGAGCUGGCGGGCAAGUCCAAGGCGUGGACGUGCCCCGCCUGCGCCAAGAGCAACGAGGAGAUCCUGAAGGAGGUCGCCGAGCGGUGCAGAGAACUGGAGGCCGAGGGCGGCGCCAGCGAGAGGAAGGAGGUCGAGGUACCCGCGGAGCUGAAGAUGGGCUUUAGGGACGAGAUGGAAAAGGCCAAGGCCGCCGAGCGAAACGGCAGCGAAGGCGCCAAAGAGGAUGCCGAGGUCGCGCAGUUGGCAGAGGGGUUCGUGCAGACGGCGCCGGAGAGGGAGGCCGCGCCGCCGCAUCCGACGAGGACGGUGCCGCUUCCAGACCCAGUCGGACAGGCGGUGGUGCAAAGGGCGAGGGAUCUGGACCGGGAUGCGGGCGUGCCGAUAUGGAUAGACUAUGUCAUUGUUACUCUGGUGGGUGUGCUGGUCGCCAUGCUCAUCAAGAUCCUUCUGGGAUACUAA